CAAUCGGCCGCCGCCAUGCUGGGCCAGCCGACAGCCGCCCAAUCGGAGACGGCCUCUGAGGCUCCUGGGUCAUGUGAGCGGGCAAGAUGGCGGCGCCCAAGAGGAGGGCGUGCGGUGGGCGGAGCCAUGUUGUGGGCGGCGGGGCCGGGGCGGCGGGAGCGGCCCGGCGGGAACGGCUGUGCCCGGGACUUCAAGAUGACAGGAAGAGAGUUUCUUGAACUAGAUUCUCCACAGCAAAGUCUAAUUUCGGAAAGACUCAAGCGGAUGGAAAUCAUACAAAAGAUGUUAAAUGAGCUUCCUAAAGCAGAUCAGAACCUUUGUAAUCAUGGAUCAUACUUCCUGGCAGCAAAUUCAAGCUUAUGUGGCUUAGCAGCAAAUAAUUUCUUCAGGAACAUCCUAAAUAUCAGAGGGGCUUCCUUGGUGUCCGGCGUGCCAAUGGCUGUUAUUCCAUUUCUUUCAACAGCAGCAGUUUAUGAAGUUUUUGUGCGUGGCCCUUUAUUUUCAGGUCAGCUGAACUGUGAGGUCUGUGCCGUGGUCAGAGGAGGAUUAGUAGGGGCUGUUGUGGGUGCUCUCUAUCCUGUUUUCCUGGCUCUCCCCCUGAACGGAAGCCUUGCAGCCAGGUACAUGUCAUCUCCCUUGCCAGGGAAAGAAAACGCAGUCCGCUACUGGCUCACAGUCGCUCAGCCUGUCUUUAGAAAGAUGAGUCUGGGUGUACUGGUACAGGCUCUAACUGGAUUAUAUCUUGCCACUAAACACCACGGAAUAUAUGUCAAAAUACUACAGCAGAUGCACCUUAGCAGGGACCCUGAAGAGCUACAGUAACUGUUCAAUUGCCUUGAAUAAGUAACCAUAAUAAACAAGGAAAGGAA